CCGUUCUUUCUCUUCCGGCUCAAGGCCCCUGGGGAGCCGCGGGCCUCGGUGCAGACAUGGCCAAGUCCAAGAACCACACCACACACAACCAGUACCAAAAAUGGCAUAGAAAUGGCAUCAAGAAACCCCGAUCCCAAAGAUACGAAUCUCUUAAGGGGGUAGAUCCCAAGUUCCUAAGGAACAUGCCCUUUGCCAAGAAGCAUAACAAGAAGGGCCUGAAGAAGACGCAGGCCAACAAUGCCAAGAGUGCACGUGCUGAGGCUAUCAAGGCCCUUGUAAAGACCAAGAUGGUCAGGGCUAACAUCCCUAAGGGCAGCAGCCGCAAGCUCAGCCGACUUGCCUACAUCGCUCACCCCAAGCUUGGGAAACAUGCACGUGCCUGCAUCACCAAGAGUCUCAGGCUUUCGCGGCCAAAGGGCAAGGCUCAAACCCAGGCCAAGGAUGCGGCUGCAGCACAGGUCCCCAAAGGAACACAGGCAGCCGAAGGUGCCCAGGCCGCCAAGUGCCCAGGCCCCAGCUAA